CAUGUCAUCAUGAUGGCGAACAUCCCCGCGGAACUAAGUCGUUUCUGUAACUGUACCAAACGACUCAGAACUAUUCUCGCCGACACCAAACGAUGUUUUGAGGAUAUUAAUGAAGAUGGGAGAAACGAAGUUGGACAAUUGUUCACUGUGGAACUGCUGCAGGAGGAGGAGCAAGAGGUGUUGUCCACGGCAACCAAACCACCCGGCAUUGUCAUCCUGGGACAGAACAUCUACACAAAGGGUCGGCUAAUCAAUGAAAUCUUCAACAGAACCUUAUUUCCUGUGGAUUUCACUGAAUCGGAAAAGCAUGCAAAUUACCGCAUGGUACGGUUCAAACAUGGACACAAUCUCUCCGUGAGUCUUCAAUUGCCGGAUGACUAUGACCUUGUGGAUAAUCUGGAGUCCUAUAAAGGACCCUGGAAAACGAUUCCGAGGAAAGAUUUGGAGAUUAACGAUAACGAGAUUGGCGACACUGCCCUUAGUCUGGCUCUCCUGGAGGUGAAUUUAAAUCAUGUGCUCCUCCGACACGGAGCCAGAGUAAUUGUGUCCCCCUCCGCCCCCCACUGUGAUAUACGGAAGGUGUAUGCAGACUGUGUGGAAGAAGUUUCACCCAUAAUCCUCUACUGCUACGAAGAUGAGAUUCUACCAGAAAAGGAUAUUCUGUUACUGAGAGAACUUUCCAACGUCAGCCAUUAUCAGCCUGUAUGCUUUGUCAGAGUUCCUCCCCCUGGUCUAAAAAAUCUGGAUAUGGAUCCACCUGAUGGAGCUCCUUCUAGUCAGGAAGACAUUCAGAAGAGGUGUCAAAGGGAAGCAACUUCGGAAAAAGCGAGUGGGUAUCUGAGUUCCAGUGUAGACGAACCUGUGUAUAAAGUCAUGCCAGACCCCACUUAUACAAAUGUGCCAAGAGAGAUUACCCUCAAAAUACAGUCGAAUUCAGAAGUGUUCAGACAACUGUGUAAAAUCGGGUACUUAAACGAUUCGCCAGGUGUCCGAAACAUGCGACACACAAUUACGUCCGACUAUUAUGAGGUUGAUAGUGAAUUCGUUGAAAAUUUUGAACUCUUUCCACAGAAAUUUCUCCAGUUUGUGCAACAGAUUCUCCAGAGGUAUUUAGUGAACUCCUCUACUGUGUUAAAUAAUUCUCACGCGCGAUGUCUCAACAUGUUCAUUAUUUCGGCCUUUGACAUGGCCAGGGAUAUGCUUAUCACCCCCAAAAAACUAGAGUUUGCCAGAGAGAAGGAAAACGAAUUGUUCAAACAAUUACUGACCAUAGCUGUGGAGAAGGGAGAUGAAAUCCGGAAAAUGAUCGCUGAGACGAUCGGCGACAUGAGGGACCAGCUGAUCAGAAAGGCGGAGGAGUACGAAUUCCUAGGUGUAGAUCUUAAUGAGGAAGGUGAAAUUUUGACCCAGAAAGGUCUGAAGAUCUGUACAUACCAGAUACAGGAACUGGUUCUCGGGGCCCUGAACCAGGCAGUAGCCACCAAACUAAUGGAGUCCAUUAAUAUACUGAGGGACUCGUAUACAGGUACUCUAACACGAUGUCUGGAGAGUUUGGAGAGGAUUGACAAAACGGAGGGAAAUGGGUCAGGAUCCACCUGCGAGGCCCUCAAACAGAUUAUGAAUGCAGCUUACCAGGUGGAGAUCAGUCUACAGUCGAGUUCCUCCUUCAUCAGGGUCAUUCUGGAGCGCAUGAAACAGAAUGUCAUUAUGAAGCUUGUACAAUCCAUGCCCUGGAGUGCUCAGCCAAAGAUUGAUUUGGAAUGGAAGAGAAAAGCUGCCUCAGACAUGCUGAGUUCUCUCAGUGAAGCCAGACUGGCCAAGAAUAUCUCCAACCAGAUCAAAGAGAGGCUGAAUAAAUCCCAUGAUUCCUUUGCGACAGCUCUGAAGCAAUUGGAGCAGAAACACUGCGGUCGACUUGACAGGAUUGAGGAAGGACGAUUAAAAUUACGUAAAGUUCACGCACCUCGUGUGGCGAAGGUUGCCCUGGAGAGUACUUCACUGAUGGAUGUCAUACUGCAUGGUAUGCCCCAGAUGGGCCGUGAGAUUGGACGUGGUCAGUACGGAGUUGUCUACUCCUGCGAUUCGUGGGGAGGGUGUUCUCCCUGUGCCAUUAAAUCAGUUGUCCCCCCUGAUGACAAGCACUGGAAUGACUUAGCCCUAGAGUUCUACUACACCAAAAACAUUCCGGAGCAUGAGAGAAUUGUGGCUCUGCGGGGUUCUGUGAUAGACUACAUGUACGGUGGAGGUAGUACGCCUGCAGUUCUACUUAUCAUGGACCGACUCCAGAAAGACCUGUACGGAGCCAUCAAACAGGGGCUGGAUUGGUUGUCAAGGAUCAUCGUGGCGAUAGAUGUGGUGGAGGGGAUCCGAUUUCUUCAUAGUCAGGGGUUGGUGCAUCGAGACAUCAAACUCAAAAAUGUCCUGCUUGACAAAGAAAACCGAGCUAAGCUGACAGACUUGGGCUUCUGUAAGCCAGAAGCCAUGAUGAGUGGAAGUAUCGUGGGCACGCCCAUCCACAUGGCUCCAGAGCUGUUCACUGGGCGCUACGACAGCAGUGUGGACGUGUAUGCCUUUGGUGUUUUGUUCUGGUAUGUCUGUGCAGGCAAUGUCAAGCUGCCGGCUGCAUUUGAACAGUGUGCCAACAAAGAUCAACUCUGGCAGAAUGUCAAGAAAGGAUUGCGCCCUGAGAAGUUGGCAGUGUUUGAUGAAGAAUGCUGGACUUUGAUGCAGGAAUGUUGGGACGGUGACACCAUGAAGCGCCCUCUGUUGGGAAAUGUUGAAAAGAGGCUGCAUGACUUACUGGCGACUUACAGGAAAUCACAGGUCGUGAUGGCCAAGGCACAAAGCAAGCCGCUGACGAGGAGAAUCCCCUCUAGUGGAUCCAGAACGCAGUUCUGCUGUCACCCCGAGUUUUUGGAGUCGGGUAGCUAUGGGGAGUACAGUUAUAUAGAGAUUGACGAGGAGUAUUUAAGUUAGCAUUUACUAAUUAAAUAGGAGAUAAUUUAAAAUGAGUUUUACCAGCAACUUUUCCCAUGAAAAACUGCAGCAUUUUUUCAAUCAGUUUCCACAACCAUGUAACAAAUCUUUUAUGGAUGAAUUAGCUUUGUGUUUUAAUGAAAUAGCAUAAGGAAGAAUGUGAAGUCUGAUUAACACCCCCCCCCCCCCAUCCCCCCCCCCCCCCCCCCCAUCCUUACACAUGUUAUAUGACUGUAAGAAGGUGUGGUUUUAAUCAGACUGAUGAAUGUGCAGCUUUUUAUGUCCUGUAAUCAGAAAUUCGGAGGCAUUUAUUGAUGGUCUCUCUGUUUGUUUGUCCUCAAUAACUUUAACCUUGCAUAACCAAAACGUUUGAAUGGUUGGUGAAAGACUUUAGCAUUUCACAUGUGUAUUUCCUUUUGACAAGACCUUUCGUUAGGUAGCACAAUUUUGACCUCCUGACUUUGAACUUUUGACCUACUUUUGAAAAAGUACCAAAUAUUUUUUACCUUUUGACCGUUAAGUUUGGCCAUACAGGAGCAUCAGUCAGUGUUUGACAAACACAUCUUGUUCUCGGUUUAAAAUUUGUGAGGUCACCACAAGUCGUGAUAGUUUCGUCCGUCAAACAGAUCUUAUGUCAUCAAUGUUAACUUAUUUUGUUUAUAGAAUUUGUUGUUAAACAACAUGUGACUUAAUUUAUUUUGUGGUAUUCAAGCCUGUGUAAGAAUCGUGAAGAGGUUGAUAUAUUGUACCGUAGGGACCUCUCAGGGGGGGGGGGGGGGGGGAUUUCUUCGAUCCCAAUUUUUUAUCAGGGAGCUACACUUCUGCAGCUAGAUUUAUUGACAAAAAUGCUAUUUAUAUAUGCAUAAAAAAGUUUUGUUCUCAAAUGGUCAAAUAUCACAAGUUUAACUAUGGUAUUGUAGAAUUCGUAAGAUGGUCCUUGAGUACUUAGGAUGAAAUUCUACUAGGUGAACCCAUUAAUUACUGAAAAAGCGGGUACUCUGUAUUUUACAAUGAAAAACAAUGUAAAUCAUUAGGAAUUUUGUCUCAAUUAUCUCAAUGUGCAAGGGACAUGUAAAUGAGAAUAGCAUGAUUUUCAUCAUAGAAACCCCAACGUGCCAUAAGAAAUAAAAGUCACAGACUGCUCUUUUGAACGCAUCAUUUGUAAUAUAUAUUGCCUGGUGCAUUGGUGGACAGAGCUUCUUGAUGAUAUACCCGUACAUUUCAAUUCGGUCAAAUAAAAUGCCUACAUGUCUGUAAAUCUUUGAUUUUUUUUUAUUCUCUGAAAGUACAUGUAAAAUCUUGUAAAGAAAUUAUGAACUUGCUGCAAAAAGGGUUCAUGGUGUGACCAGUCUACCGGGGAUGCUUACUCCUCCUUAAGACACCUGAUUGACCAGUCCACCGGGGAUGCUUACUCCUCAAGACACCUGAUUGACCGGUCCACCGGGGAUGCUUACUCCUCCUUAAGACACCUGAUUGACCGGUCCACCGGGGAUGCUUACUCCUCCUUAAGGCACCUGAUUCUAUUUUUGAUAUGUCCAGGGGUCCAUGUUUACCCUUGUCUUAAAUUUAUAUUCUUUAUAUGAUGUAUGAGAUUGAUCACUGUUCAUUAUCUUUGUUCAUGUGGAGACUGUUAUAGUCAUGUUAUGUGGACCUUGUGUUUUUGUACAUGUGUAUUAAAUAAAUUCCCCACCUUGUUCCCAUCAUUAUUACAUAUCAUUCAAGCUAAUGACGGUUAUUUAGAAACUAGUCCAAGUUAAAGCAGUUUAUGUUAAACUUGUUUUGACAAAGUAUUCAUGUCCAACAUUUUUAAGACAAUUUUGUAUAUAUUCAUUUUGUAUAUAUUUGUUUAACACAUUGAGCUUGCUUAAAGUAAGGAAAAUUUUCAGUUUGCAAUCAUGACGCCUAGUAGACAUUCAGACAUUUUCUUUGUGGUAGACACGUCUUCAUAGAUAAGACAAUCAGUAUGUGUCUGUCCGGCUCUGUAGAUGAAUUUGUCAUUGUACUAUUGAAAAUUGUUAACACUGGUUGUUUAAACAUUUCUGAUUUCAUGUCACAUUUUGUAAAGUUCAGCAAUAAGUUAAUAUCAUUACAAAAAUCAAUGCAUGUUCAUUACUCUUUGUAUGUGAUGUGACUGGGCAGAUAUUUUUGUAAUACACUGUAUAUGUUUAGACUGUAUAGACAUUUUUGUAAUGCACUGUACUUGUUAACUAUGUAUAAUACUGUUUUCGCCCAUCACUCUAAAUAAACGAUUUGAAAGUGAU